AUGGCCAACAUCGAGAAACCGCGUGUGCGGAUCCUGGCGCAGAGCGAGGUCGCGGAGCACAACUCUGAGCGCUCGUGCUGGGUCGUGCUCGACAGGAACGUCUACGACGCGACCGCCUUCCUGCCCGCGCACCCCGGCGGCGACGGCUACAUCCUCCAGCUCGCCGGCGCCGACGCACGUGCCAAGAUGGAGGAGUACAAGCACACGGCCUCUGCGUACGAGCUGCUGCAGGGCAUGCGUUUCGUCGGCAGACUCGGCGCGGGCGAGCAGCUGGUGGACGAGAACUGGGAGGCGACGGACGAUUUUGUGCCCGAGGAGACGGACCAGGCCAAGGACUACGAGACGAACGAGUUUUUGGAUCUCAGGAAGCCCUUGUUGAAGCAGAUGUGGUACUCGAACUUCAGCAAGGCAUACUACCUCCAACAGGUCCACCAGCCCCGCCAUCUCGCUACCACCGCCAAGCUCUUCGGGCCGGCAUACCUCGAGGUCUUCACCCGCACAACGUGGUACACUAUCCCGACAAUUUGGCUCCCCAUCGCCAGCUACCUCUGGCUCCGCGGCACCCUCCAGCUCGGCGGCAACGCCCUCCCGCCCUUCCGCGAGCACCCCGCUCUGCCCCUCGGUCUCCUCGCCGACGUGCCCGCGUCCGCAUAUGCGACCGCCGUCGCAAGCUGGGCGUUGGGAUGCUUCAUCUGGACCCUGCUCGAGUACAUCUUCCACCGAUUCCUCUUCCAUCUCGACUACUAUCUCCCGGACAACGUACCCAUGCUCACCCUGCACUUCCUGAUGCACGGCAUCCACCACUACAUGCCCAUGGACCCGUUACGCCUCGUGAUGCCGCCCGUCAUGUUCAGCGCGCUAUCAUACCCAAUGACCCAGCUCGCACACGUCGUCUUCCCUGCUGCGAUAGCGAACUGUGUCAUCGCGGGUAGCUUCACGUUCUACGUCCUGUACGACUGCAUGCACUACGCGUUGCACCACACGCGUCUCCCGGCGUACGUCCGCGAGAUGAAGCGGUAUCACCUUGCGCACCAUUACAAGAACUUCGAGUUGGGCUUCGGCGUGACGAGUAAGCUCUGGGACAUCGUGUUCAACACCCAGCUCGUCAUUUAG